AGUGAGUGAGUGAGUGAGUGUGCAGCGAAGUGAAGCGAACCGUCUCUCUCCUCCUUUCUUCCUUCAAGGGUGCGCGCAUCACUUGUGGGAAAACGGCGCUCGCGACUCACAAGUCCAUUGUCCGUUGGCUCGGUUCGACUUGCCUUCGCCGUCCCCCGGUGCCCUCCUACUUCUCACUCCAGCUUUUAUCUUGCAAUUUCAUCCCCACUUUCCGACUCGAGAGGCGGCGGACUGGCUAACACCGACUGGGCGUACAGCUGGUGAGGAUUUUGCUAGCUUGCAGUGACGCUAACCGAACAUUUCCCCAUCAGCAUGUUAAGGCAACGACCUCUUCAGAAGCCGAAGGGGACGAGUGAAGCUGAAAUGUCUCGAAAUAGAGCAGCGCACAGCUGUGAUAUAAUCAGAGAUUAGUCCCCACACUCUUCAGAAAGUCUCCUGAGCUGUCGUCGUCCUCUGAGAUUCAAGUCAACCGGUCUUGCCCUGCGGAGACGAAACACCAUCAUUCGAAGGGGAGAUGAAGCCGGAUGGGGUUGCCACGGCAGCACUGGAGCCAAUGGAAACAUUGGACUCGGAUCCAGCAAAUGAGCCGGCCGCAGAGCCAGAGCCCAACCUCGUAGACGUCUCAGCUGGGGAGAUGCUGCAGCAUCCAGCUGGAGAUGUGAGUGAAGCGAAGCCACCGGCAGAUCAGGGUAAGAAAACCCCAGCUGCCAAGACUGUCCCCAAGGCCUCCGGCGACGCUAAAGCCAAGGCUACCAACAAGGCCACUCCCAAGACAAAACUCAGCGCCACGAGCUCACCCAAGACUCCGUCCGGCCCACGUUCCAACGUGUCCCGUCUGUCGAAUGGCACGUCGAAGCCUCAGACGAAUGGCGUUGUUAAGAAGACGACACCUGCUGCAGAUAAAAAGAGCACCCCGACCUCUACUGCCACCAAAAAACCAACCGGGUCAGCAGCAACACCAACUUCCAAGACCACGACUAAAGUUGGGGAGAAAAGGGCUCCAGGGACCCUCCCUCAUACUAACAGCACAAAGUCAACAACUGGAGCACCAGCAGCCAAAAAGACAACAUCCAGUACUGCUAAUGGGGUAAAAUCCACUGCUACUGCUGCUGCUGCUACUGCAAAGAAGCCACCAGCUCCCAAACCCACCUCUGCAGCUCUAACCAAGACUAGCUCCAUUGCCUCGUCCAAGAUGGAUAAACCCCCGGUUUCCAAAGCAACCAGGGCCACAGCAGCUUCAUCUCGACCGGCUACCGGAUCAUCUCAGUUAGCCAGCACACCCAAGAACUCCACAGCUACAUCCAAAUCUGCCACUCCUAAAACUGCCCUCUCCUCUGCCAAGCCUGCUACUCCCAAAUCAACCACCACUACCCCCUCUGGUGGCAAACCUCCUGCAUCACAGUCAAGAAAUGCAACCCCUGUGAAAAAAGAUGUGACCAAACCAUCCCCUCCAGCAGCCAAAAAAUCUGCAGAAUCCCCUCUCGCUCGCCCUCCUGCAAAGAAGCCUGCUAAACCCGAGGCCCCCAAGACAAAAUCAGAUGUUGCCUCCAAAAAGCCUCCCACAAAUAAAGCUGUUGAAACAAAGACACCAAACCGCUCCAAGCCACAAGAGGGUAAGUCCACACCUUCCAAGGAUGUCUCCAGGACCCCAAGCACCAAAACCAUUACAAAUAAGGUCCCCAGUCCCAAGAAGACUGUGGGAAGCACCACUCCUACUCCUGUCAAACGUGGUCCUAAAGUUGCAACAAUGAUUGAGCGAGGAAAAGAAAUUGCUGCAGUAGUUGCCGCUGCUGCAACCAUCGCUACUGCAGCCUCUGUCUUCGCAAACCCAGAGGAGUCUCAGCCUCCUGCAGAAGAGGAUGUGGAGUCAUCUGAGCCCACUAUUAAAGCAGAGGAUGAGAAAAGACCAGAGCCUGUACGGGAACCAUCUCCAGAGCCUGUGCGGAUGCGGGAACCGAGUCCUGAGCCCGUGCGGAAACCAACACCAGAACCCGUUCAGCAGCGGGAACCAACACCCGAGCCCAUUCAGAUGCGACAACCAACACCUGAACCUGUGCGGGAACCAACACCUGAACCUGUGCGGGAACCAACACCUGAACCUGUGCGGGAACCAACACCUGAACCUGUGCGGGAACCAACACCCGAACCUGUCCGGGAACCAACACCCGAACCUGUGCGGGAACCAAUACCCGAACCUGUGCGGGAACCAAUACCCGAACCUGUGCGGGAACCAACACCCGAACCUUUGCGGGAACCAAUACCCGAACCUGUGCGGGAACCAAUACCCGAACCUGUGCGGGAACCAACACCCGAACCUGUGCGGGAACCAACACCCGAACCUUUGCGGGAACCAACACCCGAACCUUUGCGGGAACCAACACCCGAACCUUUGCGGGAACCAACACCUGAACCUGUCCGGGAACCAACACCCGAACCUUUGCGGGAACCAACACCUGAACUUCAAGAGCAAACUCCUGAGCAAGGAAGUGAAGCAGCCACCGGUGUCCGGAUGUCACCUCAGAUGAUCGCUUAUAAAUUCAAAGACGACAGUUCGGUUCCCUCCUUGGGAACAACUGUCAUGUCUCCGCCUUGCUCCCCGCCAGUUCCUGCCUCGCCUGUUAGAGAAUCACAAAAUGCCUCCUCUCUUUUGGACUUUGAUGCUCCGUCUGAUUCCUGGAACAGGAACCAGUCUCCUACUGGUCUGGCACCCCAGACGUUGCUUAAUGUGAUGACAUUCCAAGCAGAGGAGGACAAUGUAAAAGGAUACGAAAUUCAAGGGGUACAAGAGGACGAGAAAGAUGAUGAUGAUGAUGAGGAAGUAGAUGAGGAAGCCCUGUUUCUCUCUACCUCGACAGCUCCAGGGUCUCUUUCUGCUGUUGGACAACCUCACAAUUUUAUUGCUUUGUCUUCAGGUGAUUUUAUUCACAAGGACCUUGUAUCUUCUCAUGAAAAGGAGGAGGCGGUGGAAAAGGCUGAUGAGGAGAUCAAUGAGGAUGACGAUGAUGAGGAGGAAUAUGAGGAAGAGAGGAGACCAGGCCACCAGCUUUCAUCCUUGGUCACUGACAUGAGUACCUCUCAACAUUCGGAUGAGUUCCAGGCACGGUCGUCAGCUUUUGGAGGUUGGCAUGGCGAUGACCUGCUGUCUGGGAUGGACUCCGAGGACAUGAGCAGCUGCACCAGCAGCCGGCAGCAGGGGGUGUCCGACCUCAGCAGCACUCAGCACACCGCUAUCUUAGAGGGCACCCAGAGCUCAGACGCCUUGAUCGACUCCAGCCUCAGGGGCUCCGAAGGAGACGGUAAUCUCAUGGGUUCUCCCAAUGUGGAAACCCUUGCCAAUGAAGAAGAGGAGGAUGAGGACGAUGAGCGGGUGGAUGAUAUGGACUUGAGCUCUGAGCAAGCUGAGGAGCAUUACAAAGUGUUCCAGGAGCACAAACAAGACGAGGAGGAGGACGAAGACGUGGAAAUGCACAGCGAAGGCGUGACGGAGAGUGGCGGGAAUGUCGAUGAUGACUUUAACGAGGAAGAGCACUUGGAUAACUUGACCCACUCUGGUCUGUUGUCUAGUGCUGCCCCUGCAUCCUCCUGGGGUCAGACAAACCCUUUCUCAGAUACUUGGACUCAACCAGUGUCCCACCUCGCUGUGUCCACCCACAGCCCCGUGUCGGACCACGACGCAGCCGAAUCCGAGACGCCAACCCAGUCUCCCGCUCAAGCGUGUGUUGACGGUAGCGCCCCGUCAUUCCCCCUGCAGACAGAGCAGAUUCCCCAGCACCAUCAUGACCUAUUCACCGCUCCGGCUGUAGGCAUGUCCCAGGCCGACACUCCGACUGGGACCUCCCAGCCCGCUCACAGCGGCAGCGAGACUAGCACUCCUGAGGACCUCCGUGACUAUGACAGCAGCUCUGGAGUAGAGUCCCGCUCUGAAAAACAGCAUACCCCGGUACCGGCGUCACUUCAGCCCGACGUGGAUCAGGAUCUAGGCAUUCACUUGGAGAAAGGUGAUGGAGAGGAGGAAGAGGCCGAGACACUUCCUGCUGAUGAGGUGCUAGGAACAGGACCCCCAACAGCUCCUGCGUCAGUCCCUUCGUCCCCGUCUACCUCCGGUGAUGAGGCCAGUGACACGGAGGGGGAGAUACAGAUUAAUGACCCAGAGGCUCCGAUGAUGAUGGAUGACAGGGCUGCAAUGGAAAGCCCUCCUCCCACCGGUAGCUUGCCAGCUCUGGAGGAGGAUCAGGAGGCAGGAGAUCCAGCUAUUGGAGAGGGUGAAGAGGAUGGAGGUGGAGCUACUCCUCAGUCAGCCAAUUCUGUGGCAUCUUAUGGCUUCGACUGCACAACAUCCAACUCCAAUGCCCACUCAAUGGCAGAAAGCUGCGGAAAGAGCCCUGGCAUCUUCUCCCUUGAGAAUGAGGAGCAGCUUCCGGAGGAGGCCAAGGACCCCUCCCUCAUCAAGGAGCUGACCCUGCCUUCACCUGCUGCUGCGGCCCUGGCUGAGGAUCUCCUCGGCAACCCCGUGGACCUGAUCCCUUUGGGUCACCAGGGAGACGACUUUCCCGGUCUGAAUGAGCACCACCACUUCCUGCUCGGAGGAAACGCUGCAGAUCAUCGGGAGAAGGCGAAUCCACUGGAGGGCAGCGACGACCUGGUGGACCAGGAAUGUGGAGACUCCGACAACCUGACACCGUACUUCUCCACCAUAUGUGAUAAGACUGAUAGUUUUCUGGAAGGUAACGUAUAAGACCCCCUAUCAUCCCUGGAAUGCACCUUUUCCCUGCAACCCUACCCGUUUUCCCCCUACGUUAUUUGUUCUUCUCUGGUUAGACGUCAUAGCAGAAAAAAAAGGAGACCAAGAUUGUAGAAAACAAUUUUUGAAAAAUGAUCGAAGGAGACGGAAAAAAAUGACUGUAGCGAUUUUUAAAUGAAGCCUCCCUCUUUCUUACCGUUCCGGUCCAUGUUUUGAGCGUAUGGCUAAAACUCUGUAAUGUACCAUAGCUACUACCUUUUCUAGUCGAAUGUUCUUUUUAAGUAACACUGCAUAUUCUGUUGCCCCUUGCGGGGUAUUGACUGAUUGGUCCGUUGUGACUGGGCCUGUAAACUGAGAAAGAAGAGUAAAAAAAAAAAAAACGCAGAUAAGACGAUAUGGACUCAUUGUGUAUUUAUCCUACUGUUUUUACCGAACAAAUGUCAAUGAUUUUUUUUUUGUAUUUACUUGUUUUGUUUUUUUGUUGUUGUUUUUUGUUUGUUUUUGUUAAACCUGGUCCUCCCUACCCUGUGUGCACACUUUGUGUUCUGCACCAUAGCGAUAGUCACAUAUUCCUUUUGAAAACUUUCUGUUCUUGUUCCAAGACUUUUAGCUAUAUUAACAAUAAAGGUUAGGUAUUAACACUGCUGGUUUUGCCUUUACAGUUGUAAUGAGGUAGGUGUGGGAGGAUUAGAGAUAGGGCUGACCCAAAUGCUUUGUUGUUUUGCCGCCAUUACUGAUGUCCAAAUUUGGACUUAAAUACGUGGAUUCUAUGUUUUCCUUCAUGUACUAUACCACUAAAGCUGAGAUCAGGCUAUUUAUGCUUGCAAGUGUUGAUGUGAGUUGCUAAUUCAAGCGUUCAUAAGUGCAUCCAGACAGUGGCGGUUCUUGGAUGAAUGGUACCCUUGGCGAGCCCCUUCCUCUGCAACGUAAUCAGUUCCACCACCACAACUAAUGCGCUCUGGUGAGAGAGAAGCUUCUCAGCAUCAAAGGUUCUGAAAUGUUGAUCUAAUCUGCACUAUAUCGUCAGAAUAAUCGAGUUCAGGUUUGAUCAUUUUUAUCUAGAGCUAAUUAAAGGAAUUAUAAGUUAUUUUAAAAAUUGUGAAAUGAUCCUUAAUUUAGUUCCAGAUGGUAUUAAUCAGAUACCCAUCUCUGUAAUAACCCACUGCCUGGACAUCGCACAAAGCAAUAGAAAACUCUCUCUUGGAACAUGCUUUUCUGAUUGGUAGUGCUGCCCUGGGUGAAGAGCCACAUCGCUCCAUAUCAAGAACAACCACUGACUCCAGAUCAUUUUCAAUAAAGGUUUGAAGCCUCAAAGACUGUAUUUGGGACAGCCCUAGUUAGAUUGCAGUUGGUGGUGUUGUAUACGUGUGCUUCAAGAGGUUCUAUGCUUAUUGUAUUUGCAUAGGUUGUUAAGGUGCAGUCACUUCCAGUAUCUGCUUCAGGUUUUCUUCAGGCCUUUUGUGUAGCUCAUCAUUUUGUGUCUUAACAGGAUAACGAGUAGCGCAUUAUUUAAUAAAACCCUGCAUAACCCUACAUGGCUACCACAGUUUAGCUUUAUACUCGAGCGUUUUCAUGCCAAGCUUUUGGUUUACUAUUUCAACAGUAUAUUGCAUGUUUAACUAACAAAAAACACUCUGUAAUACCUGAAGUUUGAAACAGUUCAACAGUAGACAUGUUCAGGACCGAAUGGUUCGACACUAGGUUAUCUUUCAAAAUUCCAUUAAAGCAUCAUUGCAAGGCA